AUGGCGUUUAGGUUUAAGCGGGAAGGCUGCUACAGCAAAAACAGGCUGAGCGAGCUCUUCCGGAAAAACCAGACCUUCGUCAAUCAACUCAUGUACGACGUCACAGCCUUCCACUAUGAGAAUUACAUGAAAAAUAAAAUUCGCCAGAGCAUAAUGAACAACUACAAUAACAUUGAAAAAAUACAGUCCAUGCUAAGCUUGAUAAACGGCGAUAAGGAAAAUGCCUUCAAAAUUAAAACAGGACACUUCUUCUUCCGCACCGGAGUUCCUGUUAUAACGCCGCACAUCCAACAGACCAACGAAUUCGCAGAAAACAACAACUACGUGCACAAUUUUAAAACCAUAAAAAAAAAGUACCUCAAAGAUGCUUACGAUUCGUACAAACAUAAAAUUGGCGGGACCGACCCCUCCGUUCCCAUUUUCUACAAGCAUAAGUGA